UCUCUCUCUCUCUCUCUCUCUCAAAACACGCGUCUUGUCCUGGAGCCAGGGAGGUCUCGAAGCGUGUACGCCGAGGAGUAUAUUCAUCCCACCACUCCGUGUUAAACAUUCAUUUAUAUCGAUGGUGGUGAUGUUGCUGCCAGUAGCUUUCGUUACCAAACUUGGUUGGCAAGGCAUUGGGGAUAUGAGUUAGGAAAAUAGAAGCGGGACUCUUCUACUGUUUGCAAAUUGAAGCCUGCAAAAUGAACGAAAGCAUAACGUCAGCCGACAACAAUAACACGGAUGAGGAGGGAAAAGACUUUGCUGACAGCUUUAACCAGCUUGAGCUACUGGAAACCCACCGGCAUCUCAUCCCUAGAGGAACACAGAGUCUCUGGUCUGGAGACUCUGAUGAGGAAGACCAGGAGGAAAAAACAGAGGAAUGGUACCAGGCUCAAGAGAAAAAGUUGGCAAACAGCCCAGAUAAGCUUCUGCUUUGGGCAGCCGAAAAAAAUAGGCUUAGCACAGUGCAGAGGCUCUUGUCUCAAAACCUUGUGUCAAUAAACGUCCAGGAUGAAGAUCAGUAUACGCCUCUCCACCGCGCUGCCUACAAUGGACACAUGGAAGUGGUGCGUGAGCUGAUUGCGCAUGGGGCAGAUGUCCAUGCGUUGACCGUGGAUAGUUGGACACCUCUGCACAGUGCGUGCAAAUGGAACAACACCAAAAUUGCCUCCUUCUUGCUCCAACACGGGGCGAAUGUCAACGCUCAGACCAACGGGUUGCUUACACCUCUGCACUUGGCCGCCGGAAACAGAGAGAGCAAGGAGACCCUGGAACUGUUGCUCAUGAGUCGCUAUUUAAAGCCAAAUCUCAAAAACAACUUGGAAGAGACGGCUUGCGAUAUCGCUCGAAGGACUGAUAAAUACCACUAUUUGUUUGAGAUCGUCGAACACUGCACAAACUCCGUCACAGAUUCUUAGGAAUUGUACACCUAGCCCAACACGGCCCAUGCGCUUUAAAAAAAAAAUCUAUUUUUGUCAUUGCAUCCUCAGCUCUUUGCGUCAUAACUUAGCAGGUGGUAGAAUGAGGCUCUGCUGAGUAACACUGACAUUAUUUUUUAUAAGAUAAGUUAUGUGUCUAUGGAGAUUCUCAAUCAUCCAGGUCAUGAUUGGAACCAAAGGUGCUUUUUUCCUCCCAAAAGACAACUGAACUUUCUUGAUGGUUUUUUUCCCCUUUUGGUUCUCAUCCAGCAAGCUUCUUAAGUUCUGAACUUCUUGAAUGAGAAGGGAAACAUUUUCAAAAGACAAAUAAAGCCAAGAAAGUCCAGUUGCCUUUUGGAAUAAAGCGCCAUUUGGGAUAAAAUAAGCUAUGCCACUCUUGUGGAAUGUUUUCACUUUAACUUGAAGAAACAUGGUGAUUUUGCUGCUUUCCCCAUCCAUUGUAAAUGGAAAUCAUUCACAGAGCCACAAAGUAACAUGUAAAUAUUCAGUUUGGAGGAGCAACACUUUUCAAAGGGACUCCUUUCUAAGGUGUGUGAAGUUUUAAUGAGACUUAUGUAGUGACCAGUAAUUUUCAACAGAGAAGAGCAUGGAAUUUAAACUAUUGCCAAAACUUGGGGUAUUCGCACACAUAUCAAAGAUAGCAGCUGCCAAAAAAUAGAGCUACCUGGUUAAUAAUGUGAUGGGAUUAAGAUUUCCAAAAUCUACUUCGGUAUCUGUAUAAGAUAUACCUGUAUCUAAUUCCUUAGUUGUCAAACAUUAUAUUUUAUGUUCUCAGGUUUUGCUUUUGAAAGUGACAGUAUGGUUGCCUAUAUGUAGAAGUGUUUUGUUUACAUUUUUAUUGAUCAGGUUUCUGAGUCAAGUUACCUGACUUUUUAUGAUUUUAGAACUUCAUUAUCAGAAUUGCCAAUUAAUAUGUCCAGGGGUCAUAUUGAUUGACAGUUCAGGGAGUUGCAAUUGCAGCACAUUCAGAAAUCAACCGUUUUGGUGAAAGUGGUUAUAGGUCCUUGAUAAAUCACAUUUAGUUGUUCUGUUUUUACAAUGGUUUGUGUUUUUUCAGUAUCGCUGCAAUUCACAAACACUUAGUAGUAAUAUUUCAAAGUUAUUUUCAGCAGCAGAAAACCCUACAGCUGACUGGUCCAAAGAGUGCUUGGAAGUACCUUAUUGUACAUCUGCUUUCCUUCGUAAAUGAUGUUUUGUAUUUUGGGGAAACUUUGGGUUGUCAUUCAGACAGAUGCAUGAAAAAUCAUCAUGCGUUUGGUUCACUAGCUCUGAAGAUACUUAGGGCUGGUUCACAUAAUUCUUUGAUACACUUGAAGUUGAAAAAAAUUCUCUGCAUUGUACCUGAUAAAAAUUACAUAACUCUUUCAUGAGAUUUGAUGUGCAUGUUCAUGGUUAUGUACAGAAUGUGAAGCAGCAUUUGUGUUCGUGAAAUGAAGAGUGGAAAAUGUGCUGAGUGUGGGAAUUACAAUUGAGCUUUCUGCUAAAAUGAUAAGUUUGUAAGAAUACAAGUGUCUUUUGCUGCAGUUCAAAUUUCUCCUGUGCAUGCCGUCUGCUCCUUUGAAUGCCUUGUGUGAACCAGCCCUGACCUAAAAAAAUCCCUGUAAAUGUGGGAUUUAUGUGGUUUGCUGUAGCAUGAUGUACUUUCGCUGUAAAACUAGUUGUUUUGAUUCAUUAAAAUUAUUUCUUAAUAAGUAAUUUGAUGGAUGCAACAAACCCAAACUGUUCAUGCCUACUGAUACUGUAGCAUGAAGUCCCAGUUCUGUUACAAUCAUGCAAGUUUUA